AGGAGGAUCCGGGACUGGUGCCAGCUGCUGACUGACUGUCAGUAAUAACGUUAGUCCACUGACACAACGGCAGCGAGACACGCAGGAAAAGUGAGCGCACUGAAACUCCGUCGACAUGUCUAAGUAUUCAGACCUGGAGAAGGCCAUCAGCACGCUGGUCACCCAGUUCCACUCUGCUUCAGCCGACAAUGCUCCAACGCUGAAAACUGAUGAAUUCAAAGGUCUUUUGUCCUCCCAGCUGCCCAACCUGGUCAAGCUCGGCGGAGAGCAGGGAAUUGGUGACAUCAUCAAGAAGAUGGGUGUCGGUGACGGUGAGGGCAUCUCUUUCAAGCAUUUCUGGACCUUAAUCCAGUCAUUAGCCACCAGCCAGCAUAGCGCCCUCAGCAGCCAGAUGGGCUCCUCAUGCAGCUGCAUCCUCCUGUGAAGAGCCGGCUCUGAGCUCAACACAUCAGCUCUUAGAUCCGGUCUGGAGUUCAUUUAAACAGAGUAACAACAUGCACAUCACUCUCAUAAUCAGGUGUCGGGCAGAAUACAAAGGUACAAAGUCUAGUCUGCACACAGCAAGCCCAACAUUUCUGACUCUGACAUGCUGUUAUCUCUUACCUGUCAGGUUUCUGCCAGUACACUGCCCAGCAUCAUUUGUACCAGUUAGUUGCAUUUAUAUUCUCACAUUGUCUAACAGCUUUUUGUAGCCAUUGGGUGAUCAUGAGCAAAGUUGCUCUUGCUUUACAUACUGCACAUGUUAAUAUUGGCUGAGCAUGUCAUUAGCCACAGGCGAUUAGCUGUCCUUCUCUGUUGUAUUAGUUAAAGACAAAAAGAGAUCCCAAAAUGUUCUCCCAGAUCAAACUCAAGAGUAUCUGUAUCAAACCGCUAAAAAGCCGUGUCAUCCAUAUAAAUGUGUCCAUAUAAAAAGGUCUUAACACUUAUUUGAAGUUAACUGGUGCAAAAGGUGCUGGGCAUGAUCAUAGCAAUUAACACAUUCCAUUUUCCUCAUUUACUCAAGUCUUAUCCAUGUAUAAUCGAGAUUCAUGCUGCCAUCAAAUGGCUCAUGUCCCUUAUUAAAGGAGGGUGAAGCAACAAGAAUUUAUUUCAUUCCUUAUGCAGAACUGACUCAUUCAAUGUAUCUGUUAUUGUGUUUUUUUAAGUGUUAAACCUUUUUUUCAAUAAAUGAAACUAAUCAUCUCAAUUUGACUUGUUCUGUCAGUAACAACACACAAAUGUGUAUUUUGGAUUUUUUUUGUUUAAUGUUCAAUUUUGCAAUCAUCUGGUGAACACUUCCUAUUGUGUGCUUUAUAGUCCCUUUACAAGUUUCUACCCUCUGUGAUCCUGCAUUUUCUGUGUAUUUAUGUUUUGUAAUUCUCUGUAUUCUGACCUGUGUGACGCCAUAAAAAAAUCAUGUAAUAAACAUACAAAGAAACCA